UAAAAAAAAAAACAAACUACUCCUACAUAUGUGUGGGCCUUUUUAUUUUCACAGACUUCAGUCAAGAUAACGGAUUCAAUGCAGAAGCAAACAUGAAAAUCCAGUGGUCUUCUAAUGAGACAGACAAGAAAGAGACUUGCAAAAAUAUAAAAACGUAAAAAGCUCCACUUUUCCCAACUACCGUGUUUAUUCUGGGAAAUAGUUAUUUUUCAUAUUAAAUGCAUGGGUUAUUAAUAUUAUUCUAAAUAAAUUAAUUUAAAAUGUUACACUCUGUUAUUUCUACUAAGGAAAAUAUCGGUAGAAGUAACCACAUAAACAAAAUUAUCCUGGGGGUCCUCACUAAUUUGUAAGACUGUAUGAAUAUUCUGCCCAAAAUGUUUUGAAAAUCGCUGACUACACAUCCCCUGGGCCAGGACUCGGGGAGACAGUGCGACAAACAGCUCCUGGUGCAGGAGGGGAGGGAUCAGGGCAAAGUCCCAGGUCCCGGGGAGGGAGAGGCUCUCAAGGUCCCAGGCUCCAGGGCGGUGUCUGGGGCUCUGACGCUCCGUGUUAGGGUUCCCCGUCUCCCAGAGUUUCACUUUCUCUCUCACCACCUGUGUCGGGCCCUCCUGCCUGGACACUCGUGACGCGAACCCAGUUCUCACUCCCAUUGGGUGUCCGGUUUCUUCAUCUCUGUCGGCUACGUGGACGACACUCAAUUCGUGCGGUUCGACAGCGACGACCCGAAUCCGAGGAUGGAGCCGCGGGCGCCAUGGGUGGAGCAAGAGGGGCCGGAGUACUGGGAUCGGAACUCGCGAAUCUACAAGCACCACGCACAGACUUUCCGAGUGAACCUGAACACCCUGCGCGGCUACUACAACCAGAGCGAGGCCGUGAAGCAGGACGGGCGCCUCCUCCGCGGGUACAGACAUUUAGCCUCCGGCGGCGCGGAUUACCUCGCCCUGAACGAGGACCUGCGCUCCUGGACCGCGGUGGACACAGCGGCUCAGAUCACCAAGCUUAAGUGGGAGGGCUCGGGUGAGGCAGAGCGCGACAGGAACUACCUGGAGGGCACCUGCGUGGAGUGGCUCAGCAGACACCUGGAGACCGGGAAGGACUCGCUGCAACGCGCAGGAUGGUCACAUGAUGCUGCUUCAGUGGCCCAUGGAAGUAACCCAAAGUGUGAAUUUUCUGAUUCUUCCUCCUCCGACCCUCCAAAGACACAUGUGACCUGCCACCCCAUCUCUGACCGUGAGGUCACCUUGAGGUGCCGGGCCCUGGACGUCUACCCAUCGGAGAUCACCCUGACCUGGCAGCGUGAUGGGGAGGAUCUGACCCAGGACAUGGAGCUUGGGGAGACCAGGCCUUCAGGGGAACGGAACCUUCCAGAAAACCUCUUCAGCCCACCGUCCUCAUGGCAUCAUUGUUGGCCUGGUUCUCUUGGUGGUCACUGGAGCUGUGGUGGCUGGAGCUGUGAUCUGGAGGAAGAAGCACUCAGGGGAAAAAGGAGGGAGCUAUGCUCAGGCUGCUAGCAGUGACAGUGCCCAGGGCU